AUGAGGACCGACCUAACACCACUCGCCCUGGCGAUCUUGCCAGUGGUCACUAGCACUCCAACAGCCACAUAUCCUUGGCUCAACCGUCGCGAUGACUCCUUACCAAUCUACAAGAACGCAUCAUACUGCGUCGACGCGCGCGUGGAAGACCUACUUCAGCGCAUGACGGUGGAAGAGAAAGCCGGCCAGAUGUUCCAAACCAUGCUCUAUCAGGCGCCCCUCAAUGUGAGCACGGGUCUUAACAGCACAGACAACAUGAUUGGAGAGAAGCACAUGACGCACUUCAACCUCGUCGGCGACAUCACCGACGCCAAGGAGGUGGCAGACUUCGUCAACCUCGUUCAGCAGCGUGCUUUGGAUACCCGUCUCGGUAUCCCCGUUACUCUCUCGACGGAUCCAAGGCACCACUUCACCGAGAACAUCGGGACAGGUUUCCAGGCCGGUGUCUUCUCUCAGUGGCCCGAGACCCUCGGACUUGCUGCUCUACGGGACGCAGACUUGGUCAAGAAAUUCGCCGAGAUCGCUCGCGAGGAGUACAUCGCUGUCGGCAUCCGUGCCGCCUUGCAUCCCCAGGUCGACCUGGCUACCGAGCCCCGAUGGUCUCGUCUCGGGAACACUUGGGGAGAGAACGCGACUCUUACCAGCGAGCUUCUCGUGGCUUAUAUCAAGGGCUUCCAGGGAGAGAAGCUGGGUCCCCACUCUGUCACCACGGUCACGAAGCACUUCCCAGGUGGCGGCCCGAUGGAGAAUGGCGAGGAUUCCCACUUCACCUACGGCAAGAACCAGACAUAUCCGGGAAACAACUUCGACUACCACCUCAUUCCCUUCAAGGCGGCCAUCGCUGCUGGCGCGAGGCAGAUGAUGCCGUACUAUUCGCGACCAAUCGGCACCGAAUACGAUCCUGUCGGCUUCUCCUUCAACAAGCAGAUCGUCACUGAUCUCCUGAGAAAUGAGUUAGGCUUUGAAGGCAUCGUCGUUACUGACUGGGGUCUGAUCACCGACACCAUCAUUUCGGGCCAGGACAUGCCAGCUCGUGCCUGGGGUCUUGAGAACACCACGGAGCUCGAGCGUGCCGCCCGCAUCAUCAACGCUGGCUGUGACCAAUUUGGCGGCGAGCAGCGCCCCGAACUCAUCGUUCAGCUGGUUGACGAGGGCAUUAUCGCGGAAGAGCGGCUCGACAUCUCCGUUCGCCGCCUCCUGCGGGAGAAGUUCAUUCUCGGCCUCUUCGACAACCCCUUUGUUGAUUCCGAGGCUGCCACCAGAGUUGUCGGCAACGACUACUUCGCGCGUCUCGGCAACGAUGCUCAGCGCCGCGCUUACACCCUCCUUACCAACAAGGGCGACAUCCUGCCGCUGAAGCACGUCAGCACCGAGACCAAGUUCUACAUUGAGGGUUUCAACGCGACGUUCCUUGAAGCACGUAACUUGACCGUCGUCACGACGCCGGAGGAGGCAGACUACGCUCUUCUCCGACUGCAAGCACCCUACGAACCGCGUCCCGGCGGCUUCGAGGCUAAUUAUCACGCUGGCUCUCUCGAGUUCAACGCCACGGAGAAGGCACGUCAAGCUGAAAUCUACUCGACUGUUCCGACAAUUGUGGAUAUCAUCUUGGACCGCCCGGCAGCUAUCCUCGAGGUGGUCGACUCUGCUGCGGCGGUUUUGGGCAGCUUCGGAAGUGGGAGCGAGGCUUUCCUGGAUGUGUUGUUUGGCAUCAGCUCCCCUGAAGGAAAGUUGCCUUUUGAUCUGCCGCGGUCUAUGGAGGCCGUUGAGGCAUCAUUCGAGGAUGUGCCGUUCGACACAAAGGAUCCGGUUUUCAAGUUCGACCAUGGGCUGAGGUAUGCGGACAAGUGUGCUGCCUGA